CGAAGGGUUUAAACGAGUUCGAGGCGUCAGCUUUUCGACUCUUUGCGGUGGAUAAUACUAAAUUACGCGAUCUUCACGAAAGACCGAGCAUUUGCCUUGCCUUUCAAGGUAGGUUGAAUGGAUUAAUUUGUGCAACUGAUUUGCAACUGAUUUGCAACUGAUUUGCCGAUAGUCAUCUAACAGUACAUUACAGCGACAAGGAAGACGUCGAUUUAAAAAUGAAUAUAUAUUUUCAUUUGAAAUUUCGCGAAUGACUGGAUGUGCUCACCAUCUUUUAUGGCGACGCAAGUCAGCAUGACGUAUGAGAGCGGCGUGGAAAGUUAAAAAUUUGCCGUUGACGUUUCUUUUCUCGGAACACGCAGACUUUGAUGAUUUCACGUUGUUAUCUGCGACUUAAAGCAAACGACGACGACAGCGAGGACGUGGCAAAACAAAAGAUCUAAUAGGCAGAACGAUUGCUCAGCUCGUGCGUUUUAAAGCUUUGUACAUUUCUCAGGCUUGCUCUGCAAAACAACUUGAACGUGAAAUCACCAAAAUUUGCAUGGUCUGCGAAAGGAAAAGGGGAACGAUAAAUUAUGUUAAUUUCCAUUUGCAACUCAAAGCUGCCAACAUAUUUUGUGCUGAAGUUAUGGAGUGGCUUUGUAAACAGUAAACACAUCCAGCCAUUUCCGAAAUUCUAACUAAAAAUAGAAAUUUCUUUUUAAUCGACGUCUUCCCUGGCGUAGCUCCCUGACUGCUUAAGGUCUCUAUUUUGCAGAGGCCGGAUAAGAAAUAAAACAGUUUAAAAGGGAAGCGCUGAGCUAAUGUUCUGCCCAAAUAAACCUUUCAUAGUUGUUUUGCCACGGCCAAGUCAUCGUUUUCGUCGCCGUCGCGGUCUUUUUUUUUUAGUUUUAAUUUCAAUUUUUAACUUAUUAUAUUUCUGAUACAAAAUACAGACAUAAUAAAAGUUAUUACAAAGAAACAAGGAGGUUUGACCAACAACAGCCGCGCAGUAGCUGCAGUGAGCAUUUUCACCAAAAUUAUCUUUAUAAAAAAAAGUGUCUUUCGAUGCCGUCCCAUGCUUUCCCAUGCCGUCUGUCGUGUAUUCGUGGUAUCUUUCGAUACGUCGACAAAAUCCGGUGUACAUUUGUUCAGGUCUUCGCUAGUUGUCGCCGUUACGAAUUAAACAUCACUGGUCAAAAUAGUAGCUUUAUCUUUGUGCGCGAAACGAUCCACGAUUGAAGAAGUUCGAGCCGAUUUUGCUGGCAAAAGUCGAGUAAUAUAUUAUGACCGAUAUCGAUAGCAAGAUCUACUCUCGCUCGACAUUAAGAAGACAUAGUUUUUAACGGGGUUUAGACAGUUUUAAGCUAAUUCCGAAACAUUUUUUUGAAGGAAUCUUUGUUGGAUAAUUUGUUGUAAGAUGUUUCUUCUUUUUCCAAGAAUCCUCGCGUCCUCGAUUUUUUCAAGAAUCCUCGCUUCCUAUUCUCUAUACCAGCUUUGUUUGAUUAAAGACUGACAGAUAAGUUUGCCGACAAAAGGUAACAGAUCACUAAAAUACUUUCAAAUAAAUUAAAGUUAGUUAUGUUUCCUGUAGCGAUCCUUUCGACUGAGAAAUAAUUCGCUCUUUCUUCGCAGGUGCACCGUAAGUAUCUCUUAAAGAAAUUUGUAAAACCUUGAGAUUCUGCGGCAAAUUAUCCAACUUUUUUAGACAACCGUGGUACUGUCUACAAUUAAAUGUAAGUAGAAACGAUCCCACGACUGACAUUUCGUUUGGUUUCGUUUCGAUUCGAUUUCGUUUCGAUUUCGUUUCGUUUUGUUUGACAUCGUUUCGUUUCGUUUCGUAAGCGCGAUGCCAAUCGAACAACGUCCUCUCCUUACUCUACUCCAAAUAUCGUCUAAAAUCUUUUUCUAUAUCCUUAAAGCAAAGUAUGUAUUUGAAUGCGGACACUGAAUUGUAAAUUAGCCGGCUAACGUAAGCUGACGGAUAACCAAAGUAUUGACCAACAUUUAACAUCUUACGGUCACAAAAAUAGCCCGUUUGUAUAAUUUGAAAGAAGAACUAAGCGCACCUUUAAGUAAACUAAAUAGAGAACAAAACACAGAGCACUCAAAGUAUUUGAAAGAAAAACUAAGCGCUCCCUAAAGUAAAUUAAAUAGAAAAUAAAACACAAGGCACUUAGAGUAUUGACCACCGAAUUUGAUCAAUAUUUUUAGAUGGAAGGUUUGAAUGCCUGAACUGAUCGAUAUAUUAAUAUGUCAGUACUACAGCAAAUCGACUGAGGAGAAUUAAGCGCAAGCACAGUUAAGAUUUAUCAAAAAUUUUCUCGGCGAAGUAAAUUUUCUUGCAUUCUACUCUUCUGCCACGUAGCACAUAACCAGUAGUCGGGCGACUGAUCCCGCAUGGAAAUAAAACACCUGAAGAUCAGAGUAUUAGCAGCCGAAUUUUGAUUUCUCGUCGUAAUCAAAAACUACCUACUUACGUCUUCAUAGAUGACUCAAAACUGUUUCAACAAAUCAACUCUUUAAAGGCUGCAACACGAAUGAAGCACGUGUGAGCAAGAUCACUUAAUGAUCCAAUUGAUGCCAGAUGCUCUUCGAAAAGCAUUUAUGUUGACGUCAUAAUCUUUUGAUUGAGAAAAACAAACAGCAGAUUAUUAUUUUGACAAUGCUUACUAAAUAUUUCUUAAUAAUUUUCUAUCCGCAAUGGUUUGGUCAAUUUACACAUGUUUUAUUUUCUUCCUCUUAUAUUAAUAAAAAUUAUUUUUUUCAAAGUUUGUUAUCAAGAAUGGCACAGGAAGGGACCUCAGAGAAAAGUUCUGAUGCCUCGGCAACUGAAGUUUGUCAGAUUAUAUUUGGUGCAAAAAAACUUGGAGUAUCAGAUCGAAGAAUUUGUCAGUUCCGGUGGCCAGACAGUUAAUAUCCUCCUGAGUGGCAAGACAGGAGUUGGCAAGUCUUAUUUGACAAAUGCGCUCAUUGGAGAAAACGUUGCAGCAGAAGGAUAUGACAUCGACCCACAAACUGAUGACGUAAGCUACUUUGAUAUCGACAAUUACUUCACCUUUUAAACUAUUAUGAGGUGCUUUCAUUAACGGGUUACUGUGCAUUACUUGUGGAUAGGAAAAGGGAUAAUAUCUCGCGUCCAUGCAUGUCUAGAAUCCAUCUGUUCCCUUUUUUUCUUCCGGAAAUUCUCAUCUUUAAUACUUGAAAUACUCUACAGGUAUUAGGUACAAAAUUACUCUAAGGAUAAGAAAAUACUUCUUUUCAACGUCUUUUAGACGGACAGGGCUUUAUAUGAAUAAAACGUUUUCAUGCAUUUUUCUCGCGUAACUGAGGUAACAUACCAAGCCAUAUCAUAAUGAAAUCUCUGUUAGAGUUAGAAGUAGUAAUCAUUUCCUGUUUUAUGUCCCUCAGGUAACUGCUUAUGAAGUUGUCAAAAACGGCGUAACUAUCACAGUGUUCGACACUCCAGGACUUGCAGACGCAACCGGCAAUGAUGAAGAAUAUCUGCGGAAAAUCAAGGAGAGAGUGACCCACUUCGACUUGUUUCUCUUCUGCACUGAGAUGACCAGUAAGCGAUUCCGCACCGACGACUUGGAAACGAUAAAGAAGCUUACAGAAGCCUUGGGGAGAAACUUUGGGAACAUGCUCUUGUGGUUUUAACCUUUGCCAACGAAGUCCCACUAUCGCCAACCAAGAAGACAGAUGACGUACCUGAAGCAACCGCUUUCAAUGACCGCGUUUUAGCUUUCAAGAAAGCGAUAAACAAACAUUUGGUUGCUAUCGGAGUACCUGAUAUUACAGCGGCUAAUGUGCCAUUUACGCCAGCCGGAGAGUUGGAUGAUCCAAGACUUCCAGAUAGAGAAGACUGGUUAACAGCAUUUUGGAUCUCAGCUUUCAAACGUAUCAACAAGAACGCAAAAGCUGCUUUCCUGAUGGUAACUGUUGAUCGUAUUUCAUUUUCUUCCACCCUUAGUGACGGAAACGAAGAAAUCAAAGUAAGGAAAGAUGGCAACGUUGUCAGUCUUGGCCAGUUCGGUAAUUUAUCCACCGAAGACAGGAAUGCAAUCACAGAGCUCAAAAAAAAAUUGAAAGAGAGCGACUUUGACGAAAAAUUGAACCGUUGUUUCCAGAAAGGCGGGACGUCCGACGAGCCUGGCCAAGAUGCAAAGGUGUCAGGUCCCUCCAUCAAGGUGAAUGAAACGUACUCUGAAGAAAUCAUUAGGGAUGUGUUUGGCGGUGUAUCAGGGCAACUCAUCGGUGAGCUGACCGGUGCUAAAUCUGGUAAAAAGUACCAAACAUUCUUCGGCUGGCUAACGAAGUAUUUUAAGAAGUCUUACCCAACUUCCCGACCCACUUAAGCUAGACCAGAAGGCAUGAAGAAAUGAUCACAAGGUGGCCAAAAGAGUGAAAAGAGAGAAACUACUUGACAUUAAAAAUAUCAAUCGGUUACACUUUGAACAUAUAAUCUAUUAACGGAAAUGAACUCUGUAUACUUAAAAGGUUCAUGCCACGUUUCUGAAAUAGAAUAUUCCAUAGAAAAAAGGUUCAGAUAGAUUGCAAAUAGCUCCAAGUGUUUUUUUUUACAAGAUAAGACGAGUUUCAAGCAUCUGCAGAUAAAGUUGCUGAGUGAUGAGUUCAGGUAGAUUGCAUGUUAUAUGUGGGCUUGUUAGAGAUCCAAGCGUUUUUUUUUUGUUACAAGAUAAGAUAAGUUUCAAGCAUCUGCAGAUUAAGUUUCUGAGUAAAAUGAAACUAUUUAGCUCUAUUUAAUACAGA